GCCGCCGACGUCAUCACCGCGCGCCGAGCCCGAGUCCCGGGCGUGCGGCUGGCCAUGGCGUUGUUCUACGUCGCGCGGUACCCGGGUCCCGAGACGGCGGCAGAUGCGGGGGCGGAGGGGGCGGAGGUCGGGGCGCAAGGUCGGGCCCGCACGCUGCUCGAGCGGCUGCAGAGCCGGGCCCGCGAGCGGCAGCAGCAGCGGGAGCCCGCGCCGACCGAGGCGGCUGCACCGACCGAAGCGGCAAGCAGGAAGCGACGGCGGCCCCGGCGGCGGCGGCGGGUGAACGGCGCGGAGUCGGAAAGCCCGGAGGCGCCUCGGGGAAAGCGGUGGAAGGCGGACGGCCAGGACGCGGGCGCAGGUGGGCCGCGGCGCGCGGGGCGAGCGGGUUCCCUCCGAGGCGCCAGCGACCCGGUGCUGACGCGCUGCCCAGCAGGUGUCUGCCGGGCUGAAAGCAGCGAGGAGGCGCCGGGGGAGCGCAGCCCCCGCGCCAAGGCGGCUCCAGACGGACGGGUCCCGGAGGAGGCGGCCGGACCCCUGGCUCCCGGCCUGGUGCUCGGUGGAUUCGGGAGGAGGAAGGCGCCGAAGGUCCAGCCUUUCCUGCCUAAGUGGCUGGCUGAGCCCAGCUGUGUCAGAAAGAAUGUCACCGAAGACCUGGUUCCUAUUGAGGACAUCCCUGAGGUCCACCCUGACCUGCAGAAGCAGCUACGGGCACACGGCAUCUCGUCCUACUUUCCAGUGCAGGCAGCUGUGAUUCCCGCUCUCCUGGAGAGUGCGGCCUGCGGGUUCCUGGUGGGCAGAGGCGGCUACCGGCCUAGCGACCUCUGUGUUUCUGCUCCAACAGGCAGUGGGAAGACGCUGGCCUUCGUCAUCCCUGUGGUACAGGCCCUGCUGUCAAGGGUGGUGUGCCAUGUCCGUGCCCUGGUUGUGCUGCCCACCAAGGAGCUGGCCCAGCAGGUGAGCAGAGUCUUCAACAUCUACACAGACGCCACACCUCUGAGAGUGUCCCUGGUUACAGGACAGAAGUCUGUGGCCAAGGAGCAGGAGAGCCUUGUGCAGAAAACAGCUGACGGGUACCGCUGCUUGGCUGACAUUGUGGUGGCCACUCCCGGCCGCCUGGUGGAUCACAUAGACCAGACCCCGGGAUUCAGCCUCCAGCAGCUCCGGUUCCUGAUCAUUGACGAGGCAGACCGUAUGAUUGACAGCAUGCAUCAGUCCUGGCUGCCACGGGUGGUGGCGGCCGCCUUCCAGAGCGAGGACCCUGCAGACCCCUGUGCCCUGCUCCAGCGAAGGCAGGCCCAGGCUGUGACAGCCGCCAGCACUUGCUGUCCCCAGAUGCCCCUGCAGAAGCUGCUCUUCUCAGCCACUCUGACCCAGAACCCCGAAAAGCUGCAGCAGCUAGGCCUCCACCAGCCCCGGCUUUUCUCCACAGGGCUGGCACAUAGGGGCCCGGAAGAGACAGGCGGGGACAGGGAAUCAGGGAAGUAUGCCUUCCCUGUUGGGCUCACACACCACUACGUGCCCUGCAGCCUCAGCUCUAAGCCGCUGGUCAUCCUGCACCUGGUCCUGGAGAUGGGCUUCUCGAGGGUUCUUUGCUUCACUAACUCCCGAGAGAACUCCCACAGGCUCUUCCUGCUGGUGCAAGCUUUUGGGGGUGUGGAUGUGGCUGAGUUCUCCUCGCGCUACGGGCCUGGCCAGAGGAGGGCGAUCCUGAAGCAGUUUGAACAGGGGAAGAUCCAGCUGCUCAUCAGCACGGACGCCACUGCCCGGGGCAUCGACGUGCAGGGCGUGGAGCUGGUGGUGAACUACGACGCCCCCCAGUACCUGAGAACCUAUGUGCACCGGGUCGGGAGGACGGCCCGAGCUGGGAAAACCGGACAGGCCUUCACACUCCUCCUGAAAGUGCAGGAGAGGAGAUUCCUCCGGAUGCUGGCUGAAGCUGGGGCGCCUGCAUUGCAGCGGCAUGAGCUACCUGGCAAGCUGCUGCGGCCGCUGGUGUCCAGGUACGAGGAGGCGCUGUCCCAGCUGGAGGAGUCUGUCAAGGGGAACUAAGCAGACGGGGGAGUGCCUGCAGCCAUAGGAAGGCAUCCGGAAGCACACGCAGAAACUCAGAAAAGCAACACAGAUGGAAAGGCUGAUAGAAACUGCUCUAUGCAGACGGCACAGCUGCCCCCACCUCACCCCCAGGCCUCAUGGCUUGCCUGUCCCCACCCCACCCCCAGGCCUCAUCUACACAGAUGGCACUCCUCAGGCCCUGGGAGGACAGGCCACCCGCUCGUCACUAGCCCAUUUACAAAAACAUUUUUACUGCAACUUGGCCACCCACUGGGGCUCCCUCUCUGACAGCUGUUCAUUCCUUCUUCCUGUUAAACGCCUGCUCCGGAUUCACUCUGCGUGUGUGUCUGCGACCUCAGCUUCCUUGGCCGUGAGACAGAGAACCUUGGUUAUUUACCCCAGACAACAAGGCGGCUUCACCGUGAUUGCUCUUUCCGGAGGGUUUGAAUGGUUCCAUGCCACUGGGUAUGCAGACUGGAAGCUCUGGACCUGGCCACACAGGUGGGAGGAGGGAAGGGCAGGCUCCGUGGGCAGCUGGGGUGCAUCGGGCAGGCCGGUCCUGGGCGUUCCGCAUGGCCCAGGGUCCUGGAGCCUUCCCCAGGGCUUAGAGAAGAGAUGUAAGUGAGGGGAGGGAAGCAGUUUGCCUGACGGAGGCAGCUGAGCACACAAAGGAAGAGGUGGGAGGGACAACGGGAGGACCCGGCUGUUGGUGACAGUGGGGACCAGACACCCCAGGCAGGAGCUGGUGGGAGGCCAAGGGGUAUGCGGGGUGCUGGGCACUCACCGGCUCGGUGCUCAGGCCUGCAUCUGGGGCGGGGCUUCCAGGGGUCCUUGCAACCUUCACGGAGCAGAGAACAGGCAGGAGGGAACUUGGAUACAGGCUCAGCCUGAGCCGUCCACACACUCAGGUCUACAUAUGUCUCCGGAAGGGGCGGGUCUUAAAAGUAGGACAGCGACAGCAAGGAGCCCAUCAGCCACUGGCCUUGAUCCCAUGUGGCCACGCGUGAGGGCACAGUGUGAGCCACCCCACCUGCAUGUGGCCUGCACUGGCCUCGGGAGCCUGAGACACGGGGGACGGCAGGAACGGUGUCCUCCUGGCGGGCUGCAGAGGGUGGGCCACUCUUGGCCAUUGGCCAGUCUGCUGCUGGGCCUGAACCGCAACUUGCUGGGCGUUCAUCUAGGAACUAAAAGGGCAGGCCUUAGGGAAGGAGGGGGAAGACAGAGCCACAGAGGGCGACCAGCAGCCUUCACGUCUCCAGGCCAAAGUGUCCCGGAUGGCCUGUGCGCCCAGCCCUGCGUGUUCUAGCUGUUGAGAGAGUCUGGGGCGAGUCGGACCGUCCAGGAUCAAGGUUUGCACUAUCAGGAAGCCAGAGCAGGGCCAGGCGCGGUGGCUCAUGUCUAAUUCCAGCACUCUUGGAGGCUGAGGCGGAGGCAGACAGAUCACCUGAGGUCAGGAGUUCGAGACCAGCCUGGCCAACAUGGUGAAACGCCAUCUCUACUAAAAAUACAAAAAUUAGCAGGGCCUGGUGGCGCCCACCUGUAAUCCCAGGUACUCAGGAGGCUGAGGCAGGAGAACCACCUGAACCUGGGAGGGGAGGUUGCAGUGAGCUGAGAUACCACCACUGCACUCCAGCCUGGGCGACAGAGCGCGACUCCCUCUCAGGAAGGCAGAGUGAGUCCACCUGCCAGGGUGAAGGCAGGGUUCUGGCAGGCCCACAGCACGCAACUCAGUCACAGGCCCCCUUAACCCCGGGCUCCAAGGAGGUGGUCCCUGUCAC